AUGACGGGGUGCCUGUGGCCAUGUGCCGCCGCAGCCAUUGCCACAGUAGCUGCUGCAAUGGGGAGUGGCGCAGGAAGAAGAGGCUGGGGGUUGUUUCGAUCGAAGACGAGGAGUCCAAUGGAGGUGGUGCGGCAUACAAGGGACCUGCUUAGCUACGUUGCCGAGAACUUGGAGGCUUGCAACAGCAGUCGCGAUGCCAAGCGUGAACAAAAGAUGGCAGAUCUAAGAAAAAACAUAAGGGAGAUGAAAUGCAUUCUCUAUGGCAAUGGCGAGGCAGAGCCUGUCACUGAAGCUUGCACGAACUUGACCAAGGAAUUCUUCAAAGAGAAUACUAACACCCUGCGUUUACUAAUUGUUUGCCUUCCAUAUUUGGACUUAGAAACUCAAAAGGAUGUUACUCAAAUUGUUGCAAAUUUGCAAAGGCAAAAGGUAGAUUCAAGGAUUAUUGCCUCUGAUUACUUGGAUGCUAACAAAGACCUUCUAGAUACUUUAAUGUUUGGGUAUGAUAACCUGGACAUUGCAAUACAUUAUAGCACGAUAUUGAGGGACUGCAUACGCCACCAAGUUGCUGCUUGGUAUGUAUUAGAGUCUGAACAUAUGAGAAAAUUCUUUGAUUACAUACAACUUCCAGACUUCAACAUAGCAUCAGAUGCAUUCAGGACUUUUAAGGAAUUACUGACAAGGCAUAAAUCAAGCGCCGCUGAAUUCCUUUCUAAGAAUUAUGAUUGGUUCUUUUCAGAAUUUAACUCUAAAUUGCUAUCAUCACCCAACUAUAUCAUCCGAAGGCAAGCUACUCAGCUCUUGGGAGACGUUCUUCUGGAUAGGUCAAACACCACGAUGAUGGUGUGCUAUGUUAAUUCAAAGGAGAACCUUAUAGUUCUAAUGAACCUUCUAAGGGAACAAAGCAAAGUUAUUCAAGUAGAGGCCUUCCAUGUCUUUAAACUGUUUGCUGUCAAUCAAAACAAGCCACGUGAAAUUGUCGGCAUAUUGUCCGCUAACAAAAACAAGAUCCUUAGAUUCUUAGCAGACUUCACCCUAGACAAAGAGGAUAAUCAGUUUGAGGUUGACAAAGCUAAGGUCAUUGCAGAGAUCUCUGCGCUGUAA